AUGCAUUUUACUUUCAUUACUCUUGCUUUUCUGGCCGCGUCUCCAGUAAUAGCAUCAUCAAAAUGCAAAACAUCCCCUCAUGAUCCAACCUGGCCAUCGACCGGGGAAUGGACCUCAUUGAAUCAAUCCAUUCAGGGGGGCUCUACUUCAAACCGCCCCCGUAUGCUCCUCUUGCUACCCCGGAAACCCUUUCAGAUCACCACACAGCUGCAGCGAGAGAGCAAUGAUUAUUCCAUCUGGAAUAAUAACUCUUGCCUACCGCCAGGUGUUUCUGGAUAUAGCAAAGAAAAAGGCUGCAGCGUCGGGGGCUUACCUCGAUACAUCGUCAAUGCCACGACCGAGCAGCAGGUUGCUACAGCUAUGAAAUGGGCGUCUGAUCAUAAUAUACGAAUUGUCAUCAAGUCUACCGGACAUGAUCUAUGCGGUCGAUCAACUGGAGCAUAUUCACUCUCUAUCUGGACGCAAAAUUUCAACUACAUACAACACGAACCUUCAUGGAAGAUACCCGGAACCAACAAGACCGAAGAUGUGAUGAUCUGCGGCGGUGGAAACAACUGGGGCUCAGUCUACACAGCCGCGCAUCGCGUGAACAGAACCGUUGUCGGAGGCGAAGAUGCCACCGUCGGCCUGGGCGGACUGAUCCAAAAUGGCGGCCAUGGCCUUCUUUCCAGUACAUACGGCCUGGCUUCGGACCAAGUAUAUCAAGUUACUAUCGUGACCACCGAUGGGCGCCGUUUGGUCGCCAAUGACCAGCAGAACCAGGAUCUUUUUUGGGCAGUUCGAGGAGCGGGCGGGGGUCAAUUUGGCAUUAUAACCGAAUUUGUUCUUCGAACUCAUCCCGUUCCUGCGAACGUUGUUAGCGGUGGAUUGUCAUUCAAUUCCAGUGUCAAUGGAAAUGCUUCGUGGGCAGCUCUCGCCGAGAUUGCCUCCGAGAUACCGAACUUGAUGGACGCGGGAAUCACCGGAACUGUAAUGUCAGUUACGGGAGAACAGGCUGGUCCCGUUGUUACUAUCAGUUUGACCGGUUUCAAUUCUUCCGCGCGGCGUAUGAAUGAUACUAUUCACCAACUCGCGACGAAAAUCACAAAUAUCGGACACCGACACGGAUAUCUCAAUCUCUCAUUUACUCCUCCGACAAGUUCAAGCUAUUGGUCAUCUACCAAGCCCAACUACUUAUCAAGCCAGUCAGCAGGGAUCCCGCGCGGGGGAGCAAUGCUUCUUUUCGGCCUGCAGGGUGGCCCUGGUCCUGCCAAGAUUGCCGAGAAAAGGCGCGGGAGUGUCCUUCCUGCUUGGCGCUCGGCAUAUGCUCACGUUAUGGCGUACGGCUCCUCAUUCAAUGAGUCCGGUGAUGCUAAGACUGGGCUUGAAAUAGCCGCUAAUUUCUAUGAGAAGGUUAAGGAGCCUGUUUGGAGAGAAUGGGGGCCUAAUACCGGAUCCUAUAUGAAUGAAGGAAAUCCGUUCUCGAGUACCUGGAAGCAAGAUUUCUAUGGCGUCAAUUAUGAUCGCUUGUUAGAUGUCAAGCUUGAGUAUGAUCCGAGUGAGAGUAUUUUUGUGCAGAGUGGCAUCGGGAGUGAUAAAUGGGACUACGAUCUUCAUAGUGGGUUGCUUUGCCGGGCAGAUGACGAGUAA